AUGAAACCUGGCACAGCCCCCGGACCUGAUUUUAUAUCAGCAGACUUUCUUCGAGCUGGUGGCCAUCCACUUCAUGUGAUCUUUGCAGCGCACAUGACAUCCUACCCUCAGAAACUAAGGAUCCCAGACCAGUGGAAGACCUCGCGAACCGUUCUUAUCCAUAAGAAAGGUGACCUUCGGAACUACCGUCCGAUAUGCUUGCUGAGCGUGUUAUACAAAGUGUUCACCAAGAUCAUCCUCACGCGCAUUUCCAGGACGAUGGAUGAAGCCCAGCCUCAAGAACAAGCUGGAUUCCGUCAGGGGUUCAGCUGCUUAGACCACAACCAGACCGUGUCGAGGGUCAUAGAGAUUUGCCGGGAAUACCGCCUGCCCAUUGUUCUAACCUUCGUCGAACAUGAGAAAGAAUUUGACAGCGUAGAAGCGAAUGCAAUACUGUCAGCGCUGCUCGAUCAAAGUGUAGACGCUUUGCAUGUGAGGACAUUAGCCAAUUGCUACAAUCGAUGA